AUGGUCAAUUAUUUAUUUCACUUUCGUUGUAGCUGGUACUUUGGUGAAAUCAGCAGGGAAAAAACUAAUGAAAUCUUGGUGGACCAACCUGUUGGAACGUAUUUAGUCCGUGACAGCACUACCCGUUCCGGGUACGCCUUGGACGUUAAAGAAGCCAAUGGUGUAAAGCGGUAUCUUAUCUCUUAUCUCCAAAAUACCAAAAAGUUCCGAUUUGGUGAAUAUCUGUUUGAUACUUUCGAUGAUCUCAUUCGACAUUAUACGGGGACGAAAUCAGCUUCCCGGUUGGUUCGGCCAGCUCCAAAGCCCGUUUAUAUUGGUUUGUAUGAUUUUCAAAGUCAGGACGUCGCGGAUUUAUCAUUUAAUCGGGGUGAUCGAUUGUACUUUAUUCGCCAGAAGCAACAAUGGGUACUAUGCAGAUCGGAAUCUGAGCAAGUUGGAUGGGUGCCAUCAAACUAUUUGGUUCAGUUCUCGCCUGAGUUGGCAAUUCAACUCAGCGGACAAACUGGUCAAGCUGCCUUAUCAAAUUGUCGUAAGGCGGAAUUUCUGCGGCUUCCUGUCACUGCUCAUGUUAUCCGCUCUCGUACUCCAAGCAUAUUCCUAACUGGUCAUUUGAAGAUUCAAAUUGGGGAUACGGUAAAAGUCAUCAGAGUCCUUUCCGACGGGUUUUGCGAAGUGCUGCUGAAAGACCGACCUCCUGGGCUUGUACCUAUCAACUGCCUUCAGGUUGAGUGUUUAUGAACAACAGUCUUCCCAUCCCCAAAUCUUGUAUGCUACAUUGCCCCUCACUUAUCGGCGAUUGCGAUGAUACACACAAAUAUUUUUAUUCUUCUUCGGAUACUCUGUAUCUUAUUUUUAUUGUGAUAAUAAAUGGUCA